UGCCGUUUAACGUCUGUGGUUUGAAUUGUAAUCCAUUAGUAAGCUCUCACACACACGUGCAAUUGCCAUUUUUGGUAGUUUUUUUUUGUAUUUGUCUGGAAUUUUUGACAUUCUAUUAUUAAAGCAAAAAUAGCAGUUACCGGUAAAAACAAGUUAAUAACAAAAUAAACAACAAUAAAAACUAAAUAAAAACAAAAACAAUAAAACUAUUAAAAAAUAUUUAAGUUAAAAGAAAUACUAUAAAUUAAGAAGAAAAAAAUGGAUAAACGUCAUAAUAAAAAGCACAAUAAUAAAAAUAAACACAACAAUAAAAACAACAACACCAGCCACAAUAAUCACAACAAAAACACUGAAACUCAAACUAAUCAAAAUACACAAGUUAGACUUACGCCCAAGGAUAGAGCAGAAAUAAAAAAUUUAGUUAAUCAACUAAUUAAAAAUAAACUAUUGGAAAACUGCAGCAAUCCCAAAGAUGAAUGGCAACAGUAUACUGAAAUCCAACAGAUAAUCAAGAGAAUACAACAACUAGAAGCACCCCUGCAGCGUAAACGUAAGGAUGCCAAUCCCCAAGAUCGUUUGGCCAAUAUAGAGACAUUUUACCAAUGGGUUAAGGACAAUGGUGCCCACUAUGAUGGUCUCGCGAUACAAAAGUUUGAUGAAUACGAUUUGGGUUUAGUGGCCACACGUGAUAUUAAAAAAGAUGAUUUAAUCUUUAGUAUUCCUCGCCAGCUGAUUAUGUCCGAGGAAAAUUUGCAAAAUGAUAAUGUUAAAACUAAUUUUAGACUGUCUAAUAUGCGUUUAGCUUUUACUCUAAUGGAAGAGUAUUUAAAACCGGAUUCUUUUUGGAAACCUUAUAUUGAUUUAUUGCCUGAAAGUUAUAGUACGGUUUUGUACUAUACCGUUGAGGAUAUGUCCGAGCUGAAGGGCUCUAAUGCCUUAUCUACAGCUUUGAAAUUGUGCCAAAUUAUUGUUCGUUUUUAUGUGAAUAUUUAUAGUUGGCCGGAUAGUGCCAUACCGAUUAAGGGCUUUAAGGAAGUUUUUCAUUACGAUUUGAUAAGAUGGGCCGUUUCUACUGUAAUGACUCGUGAAAAUUUAAUACCACGCUCUAAACCUUUGCCGGGAGAGGAAACACCCUCUACUAUUGCUGCUCUAAUACCCUUCUGGGAUAUGGCAAAUCAUCGUAAUGGUACUAUAACCUCGUUCUUUAAUGUGGAGACUCAAGAAAUGGAAAGUAAAGCUCAGGAGGAUUUUAAGCAGGGCGAACAAGUUUUCAUUCACUAUGGUGAUCGUUCGAAUGCUGAACUAAUGACUCAUAAUGGUUUCAUCAAUUCUCAAAAUCCCAAAGAUUAUGUUUCCAUUAAAUUGGGCCUCAGUCCUUCGGAUGCCCUUUUCGAAAAACGCAACCAACUGCUGCAACUGCUCAAUAUACCAAAGAAUAGUGAAUUGAAAGUAUUGCCAUCACCCGAGCAUAUUUCCUCCGAACUACUCGGUUUUGUUCGUGUCUUCAAUAUGAAUGAGGAACAAUUAGAUCAUUGGAUUAAAUCUGAACGUGCUACGGAUCUUUUACAUAUUGAUUGUGCUCUUGAAACUGAGCUGGAAUCAAAGACCUGGCAGUAUUUGCAAAUACGUCUUAUGCUUUUACUAAAGGCCUUCCCCACCACACUCGAAGAUGAUGAAAAACUCUUUGAAGGACUUAAAAAAGGUGAAAUUAAGCCCGAAAGAAGUUAUAUCAGAAUGAUGAUAUUAGAGUAUCGUAUACUAGAGAAACGUAUAUUGGCUGCUGCCUUGGAUUAUGCCAAACAAAGAACAAAAGCCUAAAGGGAACAAUGCUAACUAACAACACACCCUUUUAAUAAGAUAUAAAAACAACGAUGCCGACAAAACAUCAAAUGAAUACAUAACCAAAUAACCAACAACAACAACAAUAAUAACAACUAUACAACCGCAACAGUAAAGUGAAAGGACAAAAAGCUCGUACACACAUCACACACAUAGUGUGUUGUAGAGCAGCAUAAAAGUGAAUUAUCAAAGAGACAAAGUCUGCUUUAUGAUUUUUUCGUUGUUGCAGUUUUUACGUUUUUUUUUCUCUAGAUUUGUUUGUGUAUUAUUUUAUUAUACUUUUUUUUUUGUUUUGCUCCACAAAAUUGUAAAGUGGCCAUUAUAUUUGCAGUUUUUUUUCCUACUCUCUCGAGGAUUUUAUAACAAGUUUUGUUGUGACUUGUAAGAUAUUCAGUGUUUUUUUUAAUAAUUUAUUAUUAUUUUUUUUUUUAAGUUUAGUUCUUUAGUUUUACAUUUUAUGUGUAUUUUUCAGUUUCAUCUUUAAAGUAUUUCAAUAUUUAAUUGAGUUUUAGUCUCUUUUUUUUUGAGUGUCAUUAAUAUCUUAAAGUUUUAUUUUUAGUUUUUUUUUCAAUGUGUUUAAUGAAAUUUAAAAUUUACUUUCGUUAAAGAAUAAAGAAUUAAAUUCUUGUCUUACUAACCAAAAUUAAUUGAAGUUUUUAAAUAAAAAAUUAAAUAUUUA